UACCGCUACAACAAAUAAAGCGCUUGGGCCGUAAGGUGUACUGUAACCAUAAAAUGCUGUUAUUUGUAAUGGAUGCCAUCGAUUUCCUUCCCUUUCAAGUAGAACAGAACAAAGCCGGAGGUUCUCUUCUUUAGCACAUACAGUAUAUAUCCUUUCCGCCCCAAUAAACGCUUCUCAUCUCUUUCUCUAAUUGCUUUCACAGUUUCAUCAUACUAUCAUAGUUAUGACUUCCUCCACAUUAUCAUCAAUCGAUAAGCAACAAGACGGAAAAUUUGUGCCAAAUGAUCAUAACGUACUACAGAAGCAUGUUUUCUUCUUUGAUAGGAAUCAAGAUGGCAUAGUUUAUCCCUGGGAGACAUUUCAAGGUUUUCGCGCAAUUGGGUGUGGUAUCUUAUUAUCCACUGCCAGUGCCCUUCUGAUCAAUAUCGCUCUCAGCCAGAAAACUCGACCUGGGAAGUUUCCAUCUCCAUUGUUCCCUAUCGAGGUUAAGAACAUCCACCGAACCAAACAUGGGAGUGAUUCUGGUGUGUAUGACAGCGAAGGAAGGUUCGUACCUGGAAAGUUUGAAGAAAUUUUCAGCAAACAUGCACGUUCGCAUCCAAAUUCCUUGACAGCAGACGAACUGAUGGGAAUGCUCAAGGCUAACAGAGAACCUAAGGACUUUAGAGGAUGGGUUGCUUCCUACACCGAAUGGAAGAUCCUGUACGCUCUUUGCAAGGACAAGAAUGGUUUGCUUCACGAAGAUACAAUUAGAGCUGCCUAUGAUGGAAGCCUAUUUGAACACAUGGAGAAGGAAAGAACUUCAGCCAAAAAGAAAGCGUAAUUUCACUGCCAUUUAUCAAUAAUUAAUGGAUACAUUAAUUUACUUCAUCUUUGAAUCAUUCUGUUAGUCACCCAAAUAAAUGAAUCGUGGGAGGAAAAUAUUUAUUUUCAAUUAAUGCAGUGUUGUGUAAGAAAAGGAAUAUAUAUUUGGUAGGUUUGGGUACUACUUCUCCAGUUGGCCAUGCUUCAAGGAUGGUCUUUGAUUCUAGUAAUGUGUAAAUCACAGAUUGUCGAAGUGUAAUUUGAUGUUUGAUAUUGCCUGUAA